AUGCUCCGCGCCCGUGUCGCGUCCUCUCUUCUCCGGGCUCGCCCUACGGCCGCUCGCGUCGCACCGGCGUUCACCCGCCCGUCGUCCAGCGCGCACAGCGAGGAGUCCUUCGAGUCCUUCACCGAACGCUACGUCACCUUCUUCCAGUCCGCGGAGGACCUGUUCGAGGUCCAGCGCGGCCUCAACAACUGCUUCGCCCACGACCUCGUCCCCGCCCCCGCCGUCGUCGAAGCCGCCCUCCGCGCUGCACGUCGCGUCAACGAUUAUGCAACCGCUGUCCGCGUCUUCGAGGGUAUUAAGGCCAAGGUCGAGAACAAGCAGCAGUACCAGGCUUAUCUUGAUGAGCUCAAGCCUGUCCGGGAGGAGCUUGGUGUCCAGACUCAGGAGGAGCUUUUCACGUCGUGA